ACCGAGAGAGGCCGAAAGACGCAGGCGCAGAAAUUGGUUUGUUCCUGUUUGUGGGAAGAACCUUCAAUAGACCAGAGACCUGCGGAAGGAUGUGCCAGGGCUGAUACUGAGCGUACCGAGUCGGUCUCUUGUCCACAGACCACAGAAUGCCGGUGUCUCUGGACUAAGUGUGAUUCAGACAGUGUUACAGAGAGUAAAUAUGUCAUGGGGAAUUGUGCCAGAAAAUUCUGACUUGAAAAUGAUGGUUUCCCCUACUUUCAGCGGUACCCACAAGCACCAAAUGAGGUGAAGAUUUGGCAGCUGUAUACUUAUCAUGUGAAGUUCCGCAGUGAAACCUGAUAAUUAUGAACAUAUGUUUCCUGAGCCCCAAGGAUGGUUACUGUUAUGGCUACUGGAGAGAGCAGGCUGCUCCACCUUGACCAUGACGCUCUCUGUGUACUUAGAUAUGCCCCCGACCCAGCGAGAAGGGCUCCAGACCUGGCUAGGUUCCCCAUCUGCCACACCAGCUCCACCCAACCUGGUCCUCAACUUAAUUGUUUUUACCUUCUUCUACGAGCUGGUGGACUUAUCCAAAGAAUCCAAUUCUAUACCCCUUUGGAGAGCAGGAGUCACCCCACCCUCUUGAAACUACAAUGUUUAUCUCUCACAACUGCUGCUGGUUCACUCUAUUCCUAAUGGUUCUAAAGGGUUUAUGUGGCCCCUGUGUCAGAACAACUUACUGCAUGCAGGAUGAGGCUGACAAACCACAACCUGUGAAGACAGACUGGGGAAAUCCACCGGAAAGAGUCUUUGGAAGGAACUGCAGAUGGGUUGUGGGCAUUCUUUUCCCUGAUGAAUGGCAACCAGAUUUCCCAGAAAGAUACAUGACACUGGCUCCAUUUCAAACAAUCACCUGAAAUCCUCCGGCAGCCAUUGGAACCGCACCUUGCAAACCGGCCUGUCGUUUCAAGAGACGCUAGGGUUGAUGAGAUGUGCUUGAGGCUCAGAUCAUUGUCUGUAAAGCUUGACUCCACACUGGGUACGUGCAUGAUCCGUUUGCAAUGCAAAUUACUGCCUGGUAUGUCUCUGAAGAUAGGGCAGCUGUAUUUUAUCUCCACUUUGCCAUCAGUCACAGCAUCUCUAUAAAGGGAGACAGGUUCAUUUUAUGGACAUGGAACUAGAGGCCACUCUGAGGUGAAGAGGUUCGUCCAAAACACAUGUGAACUGUGUAAGCACUCAGAGCUGAAUACGGCUGUAGGCAUCUUUCUGCAAAAAGGAAGCAGUGCUCAAGAAUCCAGGACGUUUUAAUCUUUGUCUUCUAUUGCCUAAAGGAGCAAGAACAUGUAUGCAUCAGAAGAUGUUCACCCGGGGCUGCAGACCUCAGCUUGAUUCGGCUUCAGGCCAAUCUGGAACCAAACCCCUCCCCUCUCCAAAGUCCCCGGAGUAUGUCCAUGUGUGUAUGUCAUCUCAUUUCAAACAGAAGGUUCACUGUGAAAAUUCAAGGCGUACUGGGAAUAUUUCUUAAGAUUCUCCAGCCAGUCCAUUGUUCCAGACAAGGUUAAGAACUGCUUGUCUCAAAAAAUAGCCUAACCUUUGAAACCCAGAGAAAUAAACAGAACUCCUCAAUUUUUAAAUUCAGAAUCUUCUUAUUUAAACGCUCCAGACGGUGGCUGUGGAUUCUGACUGCUUUGCAAAUGGGUAUUUCUUCACAGGAGCUGGGUUUCCAGCACUCACUAAGGCAGACCUCUGAGUAACUGGGGACUUGGCCUGCCUUGCCUACUGAGCUUGGGGCAGAUCGGAUGGAGAUGAGUUGAUUAUAUUCUAUGAAGUAAUAGCUCACCACCAGCCAGGGUUUAAACUACUUUUGCAGCAUCACUUCACCUGUGGACUCUUCUAAAUUUUGCUUGCUUGGGGAAAAAAACUGGGGUAAGCGAGAAGGUCAUUUUUAACAAGUUAGCAUCCUUCUCCCUCUUUGACAAGUUGAUGCAAAGGAUAAGGCUGUGACUCCAUUGGAUUGCACCUUCAAAUCAAAAUAGAAGAAGAUAAAGAAGAAAGGGACAAUGGCUUUGAGUGGAAACUGUAGUCGUUACUAUCCUCGAGAACAAGGGGCUUCAGUUCCCAACUCCUUCCCUGAGGUCGUGGAGCUGAAUGUUGGCGGUCAAGUUUAUUUCACCCGCCAUUCCACAUUAGUAAGCAUCCCUCAUUCCUUCCUGUGGAAAAUGUUUUCCCCAAAGAGAGACACGGCUAACGAUCUAGCCAAGGACUCCAAAGGAAGGUUUUUCAUUGACAGAGAUGGGUUCCUGUUCCGUUACAUUCUGGACUAUCUCAGGGACAGGCAGGUGGUCCUGCCUGAUCACUUUCCAGAACGGGGAAGACUGAAAAGGGAAGCUGAGUAUUUCCAGCUCCCAGACUUGGUCAAACUCCUGACCCCCGAUGAGAUCAAGCAAAGCCCGGACGAAUUCUGCCAUAGUGACUUUGAAGAUGCCUCCCAAGGAAGCGACCCGAGAAUCUGCCCUCCUUCCUCAGUGCUCCCUGCCGACCGCAAGUGGGGCUUCAUUACUGUGGGUUACAGGGGGUCCUGCACCAUGGGCAGAGAGGGGCAGGCAGAUGCCAAGUUUCGUAGGGUUCCCCGGAUUUUGGUUUGUGGAAGGAUUUCCUUGGCAAAAGAGGUCUUUGGAGAAACUUUGAAUGAGAGCAGAGACCCGGACCGAGCCCCAGAAAGAUACACCUCCAGAUUUUAUCUCAAAUUCAAGCAUCUGGAAAGGGCUUUUGAUAUGUUGUCAGAGUGUGGAUUCCACAUGGUGGCCUGUAACUCCUCGGUGACAGCAUCUUUUGUCAACCAGUAUACAGAUGACAAGAUCUGGUCAAGCUACACUGAAUAUGUCUUCUACCGUGAGCCUUCCAGGUGGUCCUCCUCGCACUGCCACUGCUGCUGCAAGAGCGCCGCGGGCGACAAGGAGGGGGAGAGCGGCACAUCUUGCAACGACCUCUCCACCUCCAGCUGCGACAGCCAGUCUGAGGCCAGCUCCCCCCAGGAGACGGUCAUCUGUGGGCCCGUGACACGCCAGACCAACAUCCAGACUCUGGACCGUCCCAUCAAGAAGGGCCCCGUGCAGCUGAUCCAGCAGUCGGAGAUGCGGCGGAAGAGCGAUCUGCUCCGGACUCUGACGUCCGGCUCCAGGGAGUCGAACAUGAGCAGCAAAAAAAAAGCUGUUAAGGAAAAGCUCUCCAUUGAGGAAGAGCUGGAGAAAUGCAUCCAGGAUUUCCUAAAGAUCAAAAUCCCAGACCGGUUCCCCGAGAGAAAACAUCCUUGGCAAUCUGAACUUUUACGGAAGUAUCAUCUAUAGGGGAGGGGCUGGGGGGAGGGGGAAGAAAGAAACCACAGCACCACUUGGAAAUAAACCUCCUAGCGAAAUUCACAAUUGAAAAGAAAAGUAACAACAGUAUGUUUGUGAGAACACAGUAGCCCAUUGAUGCACUACUGCCUAUUUACCUAGUUCACCUUAACGUUGAAAUCCACAGGGUAGAUUUCUUUCCAGAUGUGGAAUUAGAAGAAAAUCUCUUUUUUGGUUCCUUGUUUGUUUGUUCGCUGGGUCCCGUGUGCUGAGUAUGAGUAUCUUAUGUAUGAGUAGAGCCAGAUACAGAAGAGCA